CUUUGUAUCCGGAUUCCCAUUUUUACGUUUCCAGUUACGUCAAUACACGCUACUUUCACUUUGACGUCUUCCAAUGAAAAAAUGGCAACGUCUGCUAGUGGGAUCAAAAAUGUCAUUUUAACAGGAAGACCAGGAAUAGGAAAAACAACACUUAUAAAGAAAAUUAACAGUGCUCUGUGUGAUUCUGGGUUGGAGGCUAGAGGAUUCUACACGGAGGAGCUGCGAUCAGACGGACAGCGGUUAGGAUUCGAUGUGGUUACCUUGGACGGGAACAGAGGACCACUGGCUCGAAUACAGGACAAUGAAAAUGGAAGUGUUUCACAUAAAAGGAGCCACUUGGUUGGUAAAUAUGAAGUGAAAGUCACAUCAUUUGAAAGUAUUGCUCUCCCUACAUUAAGGAUACCAAAAAAUAUACAGACAGAUACGGGACAUUCUCAGAUUUUUAUUAUUGAUGAGAUUGGUAAAAUGGAACUCUUUAGUCAAACAUUUGUGACUAUGGUGAGGGAACUUCUAAAGAAACCCAACUCUGUCAUCAUAGCCACGAUACCAAUACCUAAAGGAAAGCCAAUUCCUUUUGUGGAAGAAAUCAGGAACCACAAUCAGUCACAAGUGUUCACAGUCACCAUGGAAAACAGGAACCAUAUUUUGGAUGACAUCAUGAGUACAGUACACACAGUUAUGGAAUAGGAAUAAUUCCAUCAUGUGUAUUCUAAAAACAAUUUAUGCUAGAAUUACAAGUGUACAUGUGUAAUGAAGGGGAGGUUAUAUAUCCAACAUCUGCAAUUCCCUUCUGAUCAGUAAAUAAAAUGUUGCAUAACUUUA